GACUUGCGUCGUAAAGUCGGUUACAAAUACGAAACAUCACCGAGAAAAGAGAAAAAAAAAAGAGCAGCCACGAGAAGCAGAAAGCGUAACAGAGAAGAAGAAGGAGAAGUAGAGAGAAAGAGUAUUUACGAUGAAAACAGACGAUAAAAAGGAGAAGCCAGCAAUACCCAUGUUAGCAGCAACAGAAUCCCCCAAGCCAAACGCAGCCAUGGAAACGCAGUCAACAAACGGCGUUAGCGGCGGCACGAAAGGGAAGAAGAAACGCAACCGCAAAAUCUGCAUCUGCGUCACACUCCUCCUCCUCCUCGUCAUCUUCAUAGUCCUCCUCGUCUUAGGCCUCACUCUCUUCAAACCCAAACGCCCGAUCACCACCAUCGACUCCGUGGCCGUGGACCGUCUCCAAGCCUCCGUCGACGUCCUGAACCUCAAGGUCGUUCUGAACCUCACGCUCAGCGUCGAUCUCUCCCUGAGAAACCCCAACCGCGUCGGAUUCAGCUUCGGCAACUCGUCGGCGCUGCUUAACUACGGCGGGAAACUGAUCGGAGAAGCGCCGCUUCCGGCGAGCAGGCUCGGGGCGGAGAAAACGCUGCCUAUGAACUUGACGCUGACGUUGAUGGCGGAUCGGUUGCUCGCCGACACGCAGAUUAUUAGUGACGUCAUGUCCGGGUCGAUCCCGGUUAACACUUUCGUUAAAGUCGCCGGGAAAGUGAGUGUGCUGAAGAUCUUUAAGAUUAAAGUUCAGUCUUCUUCUUCGUGUGAUAUUGUCAUCUCUGUUGCGAAUCGGAACGUUACGAGUCAGCACUGUAAGUAUUCGACUAAGCUGUGAUCAUUGUCUGAAAGGUUUUAGUUUUAUAGAGAUCUAUUAUACUUUUUGUCUUCUUGUUGUCUUGAUGGUUUUGUUUUUGAAAUCCUUUUGUGUAUUAAUAUGGUUUGGAACGAAAUAAAUUCAAAAGACAUUGGUUUGUAUUUUCA